UAUCCGACAAUUUAGAAUCGCAACUUUAUUUUCUAGCAUUUAGUGUUUUUCUUUGUGGUGUGAAAAAGGUAACAUUGACGUAAACAUAAAAAAUGUCACACCAUUCGAUAAAACAAUUCAUUCGUUAAAAUUAUGACGCUUAUAUCGGAAUCUUCAAAUGAAUCAGUGUUCAUUUCAAAGAUAUAGUCAAUAAAAUAAGUUAUUCGCGUGUUGCAUUUAGAAUGAAUUUGUCGAACUUCAUUCCAAGUACUUAGGGCACUAAUUAAAUUCAUAUAAAAAUCACUUGAGCAACAAUUAACGAUCUAAACCAAUAAAUCGAUACAAUGUUUCCACUUGAUUUUGUCAGAAAUCUUCGAAAACGCUUCAAUUUUAGUGAAUAUAAAGCAAUUGAUAUAUCUUGUUUAUAAUGCCAUUAAAAAUUGUUAAAUUCGACGAUAAGUGUGUGUCGUUCGUUCAUUCAAUUGAUAGUAUGAAAUAAGAAGAAUGAACGCGUCACUGUAAAUAAAAAUACACGAAAAACCAAGGAACCAAGCAUCGGCGAUAGAGAGUGAGAGAAACAUCGUAUUUUGUUUAUAAAACCGUUCGAUGACUCGUGUAUUAUGUUUAUCGGGUACACAAACAAAGAAAUGUCAAUGUCUGUAUCAUAGCAUGCAUUCCAUUCGUUGCAAGCACCUUUUUUCGGUCUGUGUUUUAAAUGACACUCAGCUGUUGCUUAUGCAAAACACGCGCACUCAUACACGCUUUGUUUUGUUUCUGUUUGUUGUUGUAAACCGAUUCGUCUUGUGUUGAGCCUUGAAUUUUUUAGCUUUCUAUUUUUAUAUAAUUUGGCAAUUUUUUUUGGCGUCACUCACUUCACGCUGUUAUCAAAGUGUUGUGGCAAUUGGUUACAUUUUGGGCCGGUAAAAUUUAAAUUCUUUCAAAACUAUUAUUCGAAGCGGCACAUCUGAUAAGAUGAUUUUUUGUGUUAUUUGCAAAUAAUCGCGUAAGACUGGUUUUUUUGAAAGCCAUAAUUAUUAACAUUUAUUAGAAAAUAGUUCGCAAACUGAUUGCACACCGCUGCCGCUGUCGCUGUCGCUGUCGCCGCUGAGAACUACUUCAAUAAUCAUCCAGACAAGAUAAAAACGCGAUAAGCAAAUGUCCACUUUUCAAGAUAAUAGCACUUUGGUUAUUCUGUUUUCCUUUUUAUUGCUCCCAUUCAUUCGAUGUGGCAGCUGUUGCAAACAUCAUCAUAACACACUCGAGUUUGAUCAUUCGUUUUUUUUGUGGAAACGAAAAAACAAAACAUGGGCCAAAUUAACAAAAAACUAUUGCCCAUCAAGGCACAUUACUUUUUUAUGAUGGCAGCAAUGGGCCCAAUAUUACCUCAAAUCAAUGUGUUCGGCAAAGAACUUGGAGUCUCACCCGAUAUUAUGGGAUUUAUCACAUUAUUUUUACCAAUUUUAUACGUUCUCGCCAAACCAGCUGUUGGAUAUCUCUGUGAUUUUUUUCCCAGUAUUCGAAAGACGAUAUUUAUGUCAAUAACGGUGAUUAUGAUACUGUGUUAUGCUGGCUUUUAUUUGGUGCCAAUCGUUCCAGCGCAAAAGAUUCCAAAGCAAUCAUCGUAUAAUUUCUCUGAAAUAGAUGGCAUGUGCGAUAUAGCAUUGACGAUAAAAAAUGCCGAUUUAUGUUUGAUAGAGUAUAAAAUGAUGAAUUGUUCGAUGGAUUGUGCGAAAAAUGUCUCACAAAUUGGAUUUGUUCGUGAAAAAAAUGCAAAUAGUGGCGAAUCAAUAUUGCGUUUGUGUAUGGACGCAUUGAGCGAUGUGGAUGCAUUUCAAAUAAAUAAAACAUGUCAAUCCGUCAUUUGUGUGCCAAUUAAAAAUCAAUCGCUCGGAAAUUGUUUCUAUCGAACCACAACGUUUUGGUCAUUUGUUAUCUUAAUGUGCAUCGGCACCAUUGGUUUCAAUGUAGCAAAUUCGGUGAGUGAUGCGAUUUGUUUUGAUAUGUUGGGCGAUAAGACGAUGCGGUACGGGGCCCAGCGUGUUUGGGGCACCAUUGGUUUUGGUGUGACUGCAUUAAUAGCUGGUAUUGUUGUGCACAGAUUCGGUCUUGAUUCGGCCGAUGCCGUGAAGGCUAUAACGCCAGCAUUAUUUGUCAUGGUCAUCUUUGGUGUCUGCGAUGUGAUCAGUAUAAAAUGGUUAAAAUUGCCAAAUUUCAGAAACGAAGGUGAUACGAUUGCGAGUAAAGUCGGCGAUUUACUGCGACAAAAAGCGAUUUUGAUGUUUUUAUGCUUUGCAACAUUGGCUGGAAUUCUUGAUUCGUUCAUCAUUUACUAUAUGUUUUGGUAUUUAGAAGAAUUAGCACAAUCCACCGGUUAUAUGGAAUCAAUCAAAUUAAUUGAAGCCCUUGUUGUUGCUGCCGAGUGUCUUGGCGGUGAAAUACCAAUAUUUUUAGUAUCGGGCAAAAUUUUGAAACGCAUUGGCUAUGUGCAUUGUUUGAGUUUAUGCUUUUUUAUGUACUUUAUACGAUUCGGAUUGAUUUCAGUGAUACCGAAUCCAUGGUUUCUAGUUCCAAUUGAAUUCUUUAUGCAAGGUCUUUCGUACGCCUUAUGCUAUACGUGUAUUGUUGGUUAUUCUAACGAAGUAGCCCCCCAAGGCACAGGGACGACGGUCCAGGGUUUAGUGGCGGGGGUCGAUGAUGGCUUAGGAUUCUCAAUUGGAUCGUUGAUUGGAGGUCAAAUGUUCAAACGAAUUGGUGGUAAACGAUCUUUUCAAAUUUUUGCUAUUGGUGCACUUGUUACGUGUUUUGCGCAUAUUUUACUUCGACCCGCCAAAAAUUGUACACAUCACCUGAAACAUUCACAAAAACAAGCACAAAUCGACAAUAGUGCCAACGAAUCGGUCACGAACAAGCAACAGCAGCACGAAGGAGAUAUGGCUGAAUCGGAACCACUGCAAUGGAAAAGCGAUCAAGCGAGUAAUAGAAUACAUUCAAACGCUUAGAUUUUAAGCCAUUUAUAAAGCUACGAUUUUAAGUCAAUUUUUUUAAAUCUCCAUUUUGGAUCAGUCAUUUUUUUUGUUCGACAUAAGUAGGUAGAUUUGGUAAGUUUUACUUUUCCGCACACACCUAGUGUGUAAGGUAAAGUAUUGGAAUCGGUCGAAAAAUUAACACCCUCAAAAAACAUGUUUUCUGGGUGUUUUAGGA